AAAAAGAAUGAACAUUUUAUUAAUUAUACAUUUCAUAGCCUGAGUCAAUCCACCAAUGUAUUGAUAAGGGAUUGUACAUAAUUAUAAUGAUCGAAAAAUGUUCAUCCCAUGCCAAUCCGUUGAUGUAUUUACGCCUUUUAACACUCAACAUCCUGACACUGGCGAGCGGGUCUUAAUCAUUAUUACUCUCUUAAAGUGGAUGAUUCAUAAUUUAUAGAGCGUGGAUGAGUCGCGUGGGGCGUUCCUAAACUCGCUUAAGGAAGUGUUCCGACCACUCAUCCUCAACUGCUGCUACUAACACGCAGCAGAGGCAGCAGCAGCAGCAAGACCAACAACAGCUACAACAGCAGCUGCGAGAUGCUGUUCCCGGCGGGACCACUCACCGCCAUGGUGACGACUGCCCUGCUGCUGCUACUGCUGAGCACCUGGCUACAGGUGCGUCUCUCUCAAGCCCAGGAUCCCAGCAGCGGACAUCCCGACACCGACGAAGAGUUGCGAAGCCGGGGGGUGGAGCGCUUCCUCAAGCCGGGCCUGGCCGCCUCGGUGCUGCUGCUGGAGCCCGAGCGUGGAGCGCUGUUCGUGGGGGCGCGUGGAGCCGUGCUGCGUCUCACGGCCGCCAACGUCACGUCCAAGCCCAGCCUCGUGAUCUCUUGGGAUGCUGAAGAAUCUUCCAGGGACCUAUGUAUCAGUAAAGGCAAGACGGUGGACGAGUGCCACAACCACGUGCGGGCACUGCACCUCAACGGCUCGCGCCUGCUGGCCUGUGGCACUGGCGCUUUCAGCCCUGUGUGCGCGCACUUUGACCCUGACAAUGGCACAAUGCUCAGCACAGUGGAUAUGACAAACAAGUUCGUGUACGACCCCGCGGGCCCAUGCAUCUCCGUGCUCAUCAAUAACAGCCUGUACUUGGCGACAAGCAAGGAUUUCCAUGCAAAGAUAAACAGCAUCUUCCGGACAGAUGGAUCUCAUAGAAUGUUUGCGACUGAGAGAAGCGCUGCUACCCUCAAUGAUCCUACCUUCGUGGCCUCGGAGGUGGUGGAGCCCGGCGAGGGAGGGGGCGGCCGCCACGUGUACUUCUUCUUCACCGAGACGGCCAUGGAGUACGACUACAUCCUCCAGCCGCGGGUGGCGCGCAUCGCUCGCGUCUGCACGGACGACAAGGGAGGGCGGCACAUUCUGCAGAAUAAGUGGACCUCCUUCGUGAAGCUGCAGCUCGAGUGCUCAGUGGCCGACCUGCAGCUGCCGUUCAGCAUCCUGCACGACGUCUCCACGCUGCGUCCGCCGCACUCCGGGGACAGGCGUGAAGACACGCGCUUCUACGCCCUGCUCGCCAUGCAGUGGGGAGACCUCCCGUACUCUGCCGUCUGCGAGUACACGCUGAGCGAUGUGGAGGAGGCCUUCGCUCGGCCGCCUAAAAGACCGUUCACCAUCGGGCCGGCAGGCUCCAGCACCGUCGAUCUGAGCCCCGGCACGUGCAUCACUCCUGACCUGAGAGGUCUCGGCAUUAAUUCGUCUGAAGACCUCCCGGACGAAUACCUGGCGUGGAUUAAAAACAACCCGAGGCUGCAGGAGACGCUGCGGCCCCGCGAAGGCCUCCCGCUGCUGCUGAGCCGCAGCCACGCGUACACGAGGGUGGCGGCCGCCACGGCAACCGCGCUGGACAACCGCACGCACCUCGUCCUCUACCUGGGCACGAGAACCGGGUCGUUACACAAGGCGGUGCGUGUGGACGGGAAGACUCGCAUCGUCUCACAGACGCAGCUCUUCGCUCACAACGAAUCCAUCCUCAGCAUCGUCGUGUCAGCCAGCACGGGCAUGCUGUACGUGGCGGCCUCCUCGGGCGUGGCCCAGCUGUCUCUGCACGGCUGUGCCAUGCACGGGGGCUGUGAGCGCUGCCUCCUGGUCCGAGACCCCUUCUGCGCCUGGGACACAUCUCGAUCCUUCUGCACGGCCGUGCGAGCAGGGGACUCUCCACGGAGCCUGCUGCAGAACCUGACGCAUGAAGACGCCCAGGCUUGCGGUGGUGCAGAGGAAGAAGAGACCAUUUUGGAGCGGCAGACAGGAAGCACGUGCAACAGCUAUCACAAGGAGAUGGUGACCGGGUGGAUCUUUUUCGUCUUGUCCGCCUUGUCCGCCUUAGUGUUAGGUGUGCUGCUGUGCAGACAGCAAGCGUGCUUUGAGUGCGUUAAGUACGAUCGCGCAAAGACGAUGAAGACAGUCCCUGACGGUGACUCCAAAUACACGGCGCAGAAUGGGAAUACGGCGGCCGGGCUGAGCAAACCUUAGCCCGCGCCCAGUGUCCGCCGCCGUCUCUCGUCAUGCGUGUGACAAGGAGGCUUGAGCUGGUCGAGGAGGAUCUUUAUUCUCAACGCCAACUCACACUUCCGCUGGUCAUCCAAAGCCAACCCCGAACUCUCCAACUCGGUCUCCUUUGUAUUCUUGGGUCUUUCGGUAAAGUCACGUAGAUAGGUUCAAAGAAAAUAACAAAAAAUAAAAAAAAACUACGGCUUUUCGAUCGCAUUAAAAGAAGGGGACGAAUGCUUGUGUUGCGAUCGAAACGUCGUAGUUUUUUUUUUACCUAUCUACAUGACUUUACCGAAAAACCCAAGAAUAUGAAUUCCUGCAGUCACGAAAGUUUUAAGUCAAGAUUCAGUCUCCUCUUAUAGCCCGUCUCCCCACUAUGCCGCCAAUCACCUCGGGUUUUUCCGCCUUUUUAUCAUCCUUCUCCGCACCAAUCCAAUCGGAGUGUCCUCCACUCCAGAGCCGGCCCUAGACCUUUGGGGGCCCUAAGCAAAAUUUGGUUGGAGGCCCCUUUGAUGUAUGAUUUUUUUCACCCACGAGCUAGCAGUGACUCUAGGGGGCCCUCUGCUGGCCACGGGGCCCUUUGCAAUUGCAAGGGUCGCUUAGUGGCUGGGCCGGCUCUGCUCACCACUCAAUCGUCGGAUUGCGUGUCGUGUACAGCAGUGCUUCAGUGACCCCUGACCCUUAACCCGUGGUUGUGCGGUGUUUGUGUGUGACGGUGGCAGACGCCGUGUCACCCUGCGGCAGCGACGGUGGCUGUUCGUACAUUUUACGUAAGACGAUCGCUCCUGCGGAAAGGUGUGACGCUUUGUAAAAGUGAUAAUCGGUGUGCAUGCUCGGGAUACAACGCAUCACGUAGUGCUGGCACGAUAAUUUUUUGCACAUGAGAGGGGGGGGGGCGUAUAAUUUUAAAAUAAAUUGCCUCCUUAUCACCUUUUUUAAAUGUAAACUAUACUCAUUUCAUCGCAACACUUUACAAUCCACAUUUCAUCGUUUUUAUUCAAUCUCCUGUACGAUGAACUCCAUUCACUCACGUCAUCCACCUUUCGAAUGUCUGCAACAAACAGUGAUGUUUUGCGAGUUACCAGGUUUCAUUCCAGUACACCCCUCAUCUUCAGAAUGUUUUGCAAGUUUCCAGGUGCAUCUAGCGGGAACACAUGCAGAGAUCAUUCAAGUAGAUUUUAGCGUAAUUGUCAACCCUACUGAUGUAAGCGGUGUGGCUGCAGGAUUUUACGCCCUUUUAAGCUCAAAACCAAGCAAAAAAAAUAAAGUAUUUAUUUUUCGAGCUUAGCUGUGAAUGUCGGUGUUACAGCAGCCUACGGCUUAACUCGGUCCAGUUGUGGACAUGUACGGGCUGAAUGUGUGUGCAGAGUUUACAAUGGAAAACAGACUCUUAAUUGAUAAUUGCGUUUUUACCCUUUCAUCUGGCAACAAAACUGACACAUUUUUUUACAGGGAAUCAUGUUUGCAUUGACCAUAAUACCUUCGGUCAGAAUGCAAACAAAAAACAAGGUGUCAGUUUUGCUGCCAAAUAAAAGGGUAAAAACCCAAUUAUCAUUUUUGCUACUGGCAAAGGAGGUUCCAAUGGAGACUCUUAAUUGUGAGCCGCCUCCAAAUAAUGAAAAAGCAUCCCACGUGUGUGAGAGGGUUGAGUUUUGAAGCGCCUCGUAAUUCUCCGGUCCAAGAGAAAGAGAAACGCUCCACAAUGAGAACUCGUUGGGCGUGGUUGGGGGGGGGGAUUGCUUUUACAACUUCAAAGGAGAUUUGUCUUAAGUGAGGAACUUUCCUCGGCUUCAUCUUCACGCUUGGGAAGGGUUACAACGCGGCACAGCGGCAGCGCUUUCGCCGCUCGUUGCAGACGGUAACGGCGUGAAUUCGGCGGCCGGCCUACACCGAGGUGUUUUGGUUAUGAACAGGAAUUCAUUUUCCUUUCAACCCCCAAGGCCCCCCACCUCCUCCCUUUAUUGUUGUUGAAAUUUUCUCCGAUUGACACUGUGGGUGUGCUGCGCCGUCUCGCACGCGGAUGGACGUCGGGCGCGCUGACGUAAUUCGCAAGCUGCCCCACAAACGUUUGGUCGGCGUCGUGGUCCGAAGUUGCCAAAUUCGAAAGCUGCCCGCAAACUCCUCAAUUGGGAUCAUGCGGAGAAAUCAUCGCCCCCCCCUCCUCCCGCUUACUGGCAGACCAAAGCCGACUUUGUGUCCACAGGGACAGCUGCCACUGGGGGUGCCCGUUCAAAUGUGUUGAGAUGUGAAGCACUCUGACCCGGUGUGCUACUCCUGUAACGCGUGACGCUGUUAGGUAGCCGUGAUUAUUGUCACCACGAUCUGUCCUCUUGUAACAACAUCGCAACCGUCGCGUGACGUGCGCCCGUGCAGUUACAGCCCAACUGCUCAGGGGACAUCCCUUGAGUAGGGACGCAGAGAUCUGUCAAAACGUGACCCCUCCCCCCUCCCUGUACGCACGCCGACUUUUUACACCCCCCCCCCCCCCACCUGCGUACGUACGCUGGACGCACCCCCCCCCCCCCGAAUCCUAUGGAACGGCCGGUAUUUAAACCACGCAGAAACGAUCAAGGAUGAAUAAUAUUAACGUAUUUAAGCAAACAGUCCACCGCCGGACUAUCGAACUCAUUUGAAGGCCAAUGUAGACAAAUUAUUAUCGAGGCUUCACCCCCGUACGCAAGCGUACGCAUUUGGGUUAACCCUCCCGCACUCCAUGCAUACGUACUAAAACAGUUACAACAAGUUAAACGCUUAUGCUGCUCAGAAUUUAUAUUCCUGCUCCAUGCAAGAAUUUCCAGGAGCCCUUUUUGUUACCACCUUCGAACAAACACGAUGCAUAUUUAUGCUUCGAAACUGAAGGCUUUUUUAAAUAUUUGUAUAGUGUUUUUUAUACACGUAUUUUUUUUAUAAUCAGUGUAUAAAGUGACAAUUAUUUGCACUUGCAUGUGUUUAUACUGUCGGUUAUAUACCUCGAGAAUCCUGCAUUCUGUCCAUUUCAGCACGGUCCUGAGUAGAGAAAAAACUCAAUAAUGUGAAGAGCCGAAAUGCACUGUGGUGAAGAGGAGGCCGGUAGGCCCUCCAU